AUGCUGCAGAGGUUCGAAAACUUUAAAAAGUCAUUGAAGAAGAUAUCCCAAAUGAAGAAGAAGAACAAGUUGUUUGGCAUGAACAAGUUCUCUGAUCUGUCUGAAAAUGAAUUUUCAUUGCUCAAGGGUGGUCUGAAAUUGGAUGGAUUUGGCAAUGGCACGCUGAGUAUUCAGGAAGACACAAGUGAGAAUUGUUUUAGCUGGCCAGGUGACAUAACUUGGCCUUAGACUUUGAUUUUUUAAUGUCAUAACUUACAAAUUUAAAGCUUUUGACAUUUUUUACUAGGAAUGAGGAUUUUAUGACAUUUUCCAUCAGAAAUGACACUUUUAUGACAUUUUUCAUUAUAACUGAGGAUUUAUGACAUUUUUCAUUGUACACUCUACCUUUUUCAGGAUUCUUCUCUCGCCACUCAGCCCACCACAAAAGACACCCCCUAAGGUUCCCAAACAACUAUGACAUCCGCGAGACCAACUGUACCACUCCAGUACGCGACCAAAUGAACUGUGGUGCUUGUUGGGCCUUCUCAGUCAUCGCUGUCACUGAAAUCAACCAUUGCUUAAAGACAGGUGAACUCUACUAUCUAAGCGAACAAGAGUUGAUCUCUUGUACGGUAAGUGAGCUGACAUCGCCGUAUGUGUCCAAUGGUUGUGAUGGAGGUAAUCCCUAUGUUGGUAUUGACUAUAUUGAGUAUAAAAGCGACUCUAUGGCCUAUGAUUUCCCUUAUGUUGGAGAUGAGAACGAACGUCAUAUGCCUGAGUGUAGACAAGAUGGAGGGCGGUUUCCGGUUGACAUACGACGAUUUACUCGAGGAUCACAGCGGAAGAUUAAGGAGGAGGAUUUGCCUGCUUAUAUCUAUAAGUAUGGAGCUUAUAGUGCUGGUAAGAAUUGAGUAUUUGAUGCUGAAAAUUGUGGUAUUAGCUUAGAGCCCAAGCCCAGAGCCUAGCCCACAGUCCUAGUCCAGAGCCCUAGCCCAGAUCCCUAGCCCAGAGCCCUAGCCCAGAGCCCUAGCCCAGAGCCCUAGCACAGAGCCCUAGCCCAGAGCCUUAGCUUAGAGCCGUAACCCAGAACCUAAAUAUCAAAAUCUUUUCAGCCAUAGCCAACAAACCCCUUCAAUACCUAGAAUACAGUGGUGGUAUCAUCACAGAAGAAGACCUCGAAACCGCUCCAGAUGGCCCACUUGAUCACGCUGUUACUGUAGUUGGCUAUGGUGAAGAAGACGGCAUAAAGUACUGGAUUCUGCGCAAUUCAUGGGGUGACGACUGGGGUGAAUACGGUUACUUCCGCCUCGAACGUGAGAAAGAACUUCUUGGAUUCACUGUCUAUGACUACACUUACUGA